CCAGUGUUGCCCAAGGCGUGGCAGCUACUCAGCCUUGCGAUCAGUUUGAACACCCACUGUCACAAGCUUUCCAUCCAUGCAGCCCUUUCCCACUACUAUGACGAAGGCCCGCGCUCCCGCGAGCAGCCUGACCGUGUGCUCCCACCGCGCGUCCCUGCUGGGCGUGGCGGUGGUCUGCCUGGCCUGCUGCGCCCUGGGCGACUCCGACCUCAUCGGCUUCCUCUCCACGGCGCUGGUCGCCGCCGCUGGCCUGCUCGGCCUCUCCCGUGGGGCCGAGAGGAAGCCCGGCGCCGGCGCGGCCAAGGCGGCCGCGGGGAAGCGGCCGCCGCGGGCCGAGGGCCCCGCCGGCCGCCCCUGCGGGGUCCGCCCCGAGGCGGAGCCCGGCGCCCCGCCGCGGGGGGCCCCGGCAGGGCGCGGCGGCCGGGCGCCGGCCUCGGCGCCGCCCCGGCGGGCCUCGGGUCGGCGGAGAGCGACGAGGAGAGGCUGAAGGCCGCCUUGCGCUCCCUCAUGCACGACGCCGCCCCGACCGUCGCGUCCUACGCAGCGGCGAUGGAGAUCUGCACCAAGGGGGACCUCGCGCAGGUCGCGCUGGGGAUCUUCGACCUGAUGCUCGAGAGGGGGCUCGGCCAGGACCAGGCGCUGAUCGACCGGCGCGUCUCCGUCGCCUUCUUCAAGCUCGUCGUGCACAACCUCGGGGACGAGCGCCUGCGGCAGGACGGCCUCCGGCUCCUCGACGCGAUCCGGGCGCACGGGCUCUCCCCCGCGGUCGGCGCCCAGGACUACUUGAUCGUCGCCUGGAGGAGCAAGCUUCCCGAGCACGUCGUGCAGUACUUUGUGAAGAUGAGGGGGGAGGGCGUCGUGCUCAGCUGGACGGCGGUCCGCUGCGUGAUGUCGUUCCACCAGUGGUCCGACCCGGCCUUCACGCUGGUGCUCUACGGCGAGCUGACCCAGCGGGGCGUGAGGCCCGACCGCGUACACUUCAACGCGGCGCUCACCGCCUACUGCGAGCUCGGCAAGAUGGACCAGGCGAUGCAGCUGCUCAAGGACGGGCCCAGCCUGCAGGUGGAGCCCAACGCCCAGACCUACCAGAUAGUGAUCAGGUCCCUGACCUGCAGAGGCAGUGACGAGGAGGCGCUGGCCCUCUUCGAGGCGAUGCGGGAGCACCAGAUCACCCCGUACCGCGCCACCAACCAGGACGCGGUGCUUUGCUACGUCAGGCUCAAGAGGUACGCAGAUGCCGCCACGGUGUGCAGCGGGAUGGCGCCAGGGAGCCAGCGCCCCAGAGAGGACGCGUGCAGCUUCCUCAGGAGGUCGUGCCAGAGGUACGCCUGGACCGACAUCGCGGCCCACAUCCCCGAGGACUCCCAGCAUGCGAGGAGGUGGAGCCCAGCCCGAGCGUGA